AUGCAGCAACCCAAACUCUUCUACCCGCAGCAUGAGACGUACACCCCCAGGCCUUUAGACCAACCGGACGGCCACCCAAACCAACCCUUCCCAGCUUUUGUCCUCCCUGAAAACCUUGCCUCCGUAGGGACACCCAGUUUGUACCAUCCCCACAAUCAAGAGAAGGAUCUACCCCCAGCAGGAUUCCACAUGGCUCCCUGCGGGUGCUUCUUUGACCCCCGGAUUUACCGCAUCGAGUGGGCGACGGCCAACUUUGUCCAGCCCUCGGUGUACAAACUCUCCAGCGGGUCAGGUCCCCCAAACACGUACCUCCUGGACAGCCAGAAAUACCUCAAGGGCCCUGUCCAAUCAGUCCCGUAUCCGGAUUACCAGCCUGCCACCAACAGCCCUCAGUUCGUUUUGCCCUUCUUCAAGCCUGUGGGCCCCACGGCCCACUUGGUGGAUCCCAUCGGCUUUGUCGGCAACCCUGCCCAUGGAUCCUCCUUCAUGGAGGCAUCCUCUCUCCACAGCGGCCUGGUGCUGCAGACCAAAGAACACAAAACCCUCACCAUGGUGCCCGGGCUGAAUCUGAGUGAGCAGCCUGCCCCGGCAGGACCCUACAAGCCCCUGAAAGACUGCGAUGAUUUGCCCUUCCAAGCGUACAAGGUCUUCCCUCUGGAAGAGGGAGGAUUCGAACGAAAUGACCAGACUCUGGAUUUCACAGAGGACCCUCCAGUCCUGAAAGCCCCUCCUGAAGACCACCAAACUGCUCUCAGCAUGCCAAGCGCAGAGAUCAUGACAGAAUCGGAGGCCUGCGUGGACUUGGAGAGCCUCAUCACCAAUGGGAAACCAUUGGUAGAAGACGAUAAUGAAGAGUCCUUCAACCUUCCUGACAAGGUCCUGCUGGAAGAUGCCAUGAAGCUCUUCGACUGCUCCCCUGUCAACUCUGACACGGAGGCAUCCCUGGAUGGUUUCAGCAACGGUGGCCCCAGCAGGCACCUGGGGGACAACCUGAGGGACAGCUGCUUCUCGGGCGAAGAUUCGACCAGCGACAUCCGGUCGCUCAACUUGCCCGACGAGCUCUUGUCUUUCGAUUACAGUGUGCCAGAAAUCGUCAGCGCCGUGACAAGCUUGGAUUACCUCUACGACGUGAAUGUGUUUGAGGAGGAAUCGCAGUGGGAAGGCCAGCCAGCCUCCCAGCCUCUCUCAAAACACGACUUCCACGAGGAUCCCGGGGAGAAAACAAAGUCCAGCACUACAACCGCCAAGAAAACAAAAUCUGCUGCUAGCAAACCAAAGGGGGUGUCCAUGCAGGGGGGCGACAGUGAACCUCAGGGGCUGGAACCCACUGCCCUGGCCAGCUAA